ACCGUUGAGAGAGUCUCGCCUCCGCCGCGUGCUCUCCGCCUACGGCCUCUUGUAUCCCGCAACCAAAAACUACUCCCAAAAAAAAAAAAUUUCUAGUAUCACACCAAAAGAAAAAAGAGAAAAAAAAUUUCCCCCAAAACUCCGCGAGAUCUGCCCGUGCCGAGCUAUAUACCAAUCCAUCAGCUAGGGUUUAGAGCAGAUUUUUUUUUUUGUUUCGCGGAAAAAAAUUGAAAAAGAGAGAAGGGUGAGGGAGCGAGGUCGAGGGAUCGGUGGGCGAUGGCGGCGCAAAUGGCGGCGGUGGCGGUGAACGGGGGCUCUCCGGGGGCUGUCACCGCGGCGGCGGCGGCGGGAGGGGUCGGCGUCGCCGUGGGCCUCGGGGGCGGCGGGGCGCAGUCGCUGUACGUGGGCGACCUGGAGGCGUCGGUCACGGACUCGCAGCUGUACGAGCUCUUCAGCCAGGCGGGGCAGGUGAUGUCGGUGCGCGUCUGCAGGGACAUCAGCUCGCGCCGCUCGCUCGGCUACGCCUACGUCAACUUCAACAACCCCGUGGAUGCUGCAAGAGCACUGGAGCUGCUCAACUUUGCUCCUCUGAAUGGCAAACCCAUUCGGGUAAUGUACUCAAACCGUGACCCAAGCAGUCGCAGAAGUGGAUCUGCUAACAUUUUCAUCAAGAACCUUGACAAAGCAAUAGACCACAAAACUCUCCAUGAUACCUUUUCUGCAUUUGGUAACAUUCUCUCCUGUAAGGUUGCCACAGAUGAAAUGGGCCAAUCCAAAGGCUUUGGUUUUGUUCAGUAUGACAAGGGAGAGGCUGCCCAAUCUGCAAUAAAAAGUCUAAAUGGGAUGCUGAUCAAUGAUAAGCCUGUUUAUGUUGGACCUUUUCUCCGCAAGCAAGAGAGAGAGAAUUCUGUUGACAAGACAAAGUUUAACAAUGUUUUUGUGAAAAAUUUGUCUGAGUCCACCACAAAGGAGGAUCUAGUCAAAAUUUUUGGUGCCUAUGGGAACAUCACAAGUGCUGUUAUCAUGGUUGGCAUGGAUGGUAAAUCAAGGUGCUUUGGUUUCAUCAAUUUUAAGAGCCCAGAUGAUGCUGCUCGUGCUGUUGAGGAACUUAAUGGAAAGAAAAUUAAUGACAAAGAAUGGUAUGUUGGAAGAGCUCAGAAGAAGUCAGAAAGAGAGAUUGAAUUGAAGAGAAGAUUUGAGCAAAGCAUGAAAGAUGCUGCUGACAAAUAUCAAGGACUGAACUUAUACAUGAAGAAUUUGGAUGAUAGCAUUGGGGAUGACCAGCUUUGUGAAUUGUUCUCUAACUAUGGCAAAAUUACUUCAUGCAAGAUAAUGCGUGAUGCAAAUGGUGUUAGCAAAGGGUCUGGAUUUGUUGCAUUUUCAACUCGUGAGGAAGCAUCUCAAGCUUUAACUGAAAUGAAUGGCAAAAUGAUAUCUGGAAAGCCAUUGUAUGUCGCAUUUGCACAACGUAAAGAAGACAGGAAGGCGAUGUUGCAGGCACAAUUUUCUCAGGUGCGCCCUGUACCGAUGACACCUUCCAUGGCUCCACGUCUUCCCAUGUACCCUCCUAUGGCUCCUCUUGGGCAGCAACUCUUCUACGGACAAGCUCCACCUGCUAUCAUGCCCCCACAGCCUGGAUUUGGUUUCCAGCAACAGCUUGUUCCAGGCAUGAGGCCUGGGGGUGCCCAUAUGCCAAAUUACUUUGUUCCAGUUGUCCAACAAGGUCAACAGGGUCCACGUCCAGGUAUCCGGCGUUCUGGUGCUGGUUCUGCCCAGGGACAGCAAUCUGCUCAGCCAUUUCAGCAACAGAUGCUUCCAAGAGGACGUGUGUACCGUUACCCACCUGCGCAUAACAUGCCUGAUGUUCCACCAAUGCCGGGGGUUGCUGGUGGUAUGAUUCAAUCGUAUGAUAUGGGAGGCUUCCCAGUACGAGAUGCUGGUUUGUCACCUGCUCCAAUUGGAACGCUGACUUCUGCCCUUGCAAAUGCUAAUCCAGAACAGCAAAGAACGAUACUUGGUGAAAGCCUGUAUCCACUGGUUGAGCUUCUGGAACAGAACCAUGCGGCCAAGGUCACCGGAAUGCUUCUGGAGAUGGAUCAGACGGAGGUCCUGCAUCUGCUCGAGUCUCCAGAGGCUCUGAAGUCCAAGGUUGCUGAGGCGAUGGAUGUCCUCCGCAAUGUGGCCCAGCAGCACAAUGCGAACACCCCGACCAGUCAACUUGCUGCGCUGUCACUGGGCGACGCCAUUAUCUCCUAAUUUACAGUCGUAGCUAUCUUUUUAGCUUGCAGUUGUGUGUGAUCUUGCAUGAGGUUAUCGGCAACAUGGCACUUUUUCCCUCGUAUGGUUUGACUUGAGUGGUUCGAGUUCCCGGGUUGGAUGUUAGGCGUUAUACUUCUCGGCCUGGUAUCCUUGCCAUUAAGGCCAGGUACUUGUUUCCAAGUUUGAGUAUUAUCCGGACCAUCCGUCACAUACCUCUUAUGCUUGAUCACAAUUUUUGCUGUUAAUGAUUGGUGAGAGAAAUGGUUGGAUGUUAACGAUUGCUGUUAA